AUGGGUAAUAAUAUAUCACAAAAAGCAAAAGAUAGAAUCUUUUUAUGUAAAGAGAAUGGUGGUACAGAUUUAAAUUUAUCACAAUGUAAUAGUAAAAGAAUACCAAAAAGAAUAUUAAGAUUUAAGAAAACUUUAAAGAAAUUAAAUGUUGGAAAGAAUACAAUUCAAGAGUUUUAUGGUCAAAUUGAAAAGUUUUUAUAUUUGGAAACAUUGAUUGCAGAAUCUAAUGAACUUAAAGAGACGUGUCCUCAAUUAUCAAAACUUGAGUAUUUAACCUACUUGGAUGUUUCAAAUAAUAUUUUAUCAAUUGUACCAAAUAAUUUGAAGGCGUUGAUCACGUUGAAUAUCUCGUAUAAUUCAAUCCAGUCAUUUGGAAACGCAACUAUUUUAUUGCCAGCAUUGCAGGAGUUGAUAUACACUCAUAAUAAGGUGAGCAUUUUCCCCACAGAGAUAUUGGAGUUGCGUACCUUGAGAAUAUUGAAUUUGGCAGGCAACCGUUUGAAUUAUCUCCCUGACGAGAUCUCGCAUUUGGCAGGCACAUUGGUUGAGUUGAAUAUCUCGGAUAAUGUAUUCACAUCGUUUCCAACACCAAUUGCAACAUUGAUCAAUUUGGAGACUUUAUCAUUAUCUGGCAAUAAUCUUGGCACGUUAAGCAACAAUUUCACAACACUUUCAAAAUUAAUUAGCAUCAAUUUCAGUAAUUGUUCAUUGACUUCAUUUGAUUUCGAUCUUUCACAAUUAACUAACCUUCAAGAGAUUUAUCUAUCAGAGAAUAGAAUCCCUCAAUUUGGUCAAUUAACAUGCACAAGUCUUUGUUCAAUUUUAAAUACAAUUAGAAUUUUAGAUUUAUCAAAUGGUGCUUUCACCCAAGUACCAAAACAAAUUGGUUGGUGUAAAAAUUUAAGAAGAUUAUUAUUAGGUCAAAAUCAAUUAACUAAAAUACCUGGUGAAUUAUUCUUAUUAAAUCCAUCAAUUGAUAUAAUUUUAAUACCAAAUCCAUUAGAAUAUCCAUUAGGCGAAUGGAUUAAAGAAGGUAUACCAACAUUUUUAAGAAAUCUUAAACCAUAUAUGAAAUGUUAUGGUCCAAAUUGUACAAUUUCAGAUUUAGGUAGUGAAUUAAAAGCAAUGGCACCAAAUCAAUUCAUUAUUAAUGCUUUUGAUUAUGAUAAUCAACCAAGAGUUAGUGGUGGUGAUGAAUUUAAAGUACAAAUGUUAUUAAAUGGUACAAAUAAUAAAGUUGAUGAUGGUGCUGUUCCAAUUGGUAUUGGUGCACCUGAUGAAUCAACUACAAUUCCAACCAAUUCUCCACAACCUUUCCCAAUGAGAAGUUCAUUAUUCUUUAAAUCAAUUGAAUGUAUCGUUAAAGAUAAUAAACAAACUAAACCUGGUACCUAUACAGUUUUCUUUAAUUCUCCUCAAACUGGUAGUUACUCUUUAAAUAUUACUUCUGAUGGUUUACCUAUUAAAGGUUCUCCAUUCUUUGUUGAAUUAAAUUAA